AAACGUCAAAACGUCAUUUCAUUGAGUAAUAUUGGGUCAGUUCGCAACGUGCUUUGUUUUGCCGAAGUUUUUCGCAGUUUUCUUGAAUAAUGUGCUCCGUAGAACAAAACCCGGUGUUCAGGGACCUCAGCGCUGACGACCCGGACCCAGAAGUCACGGAAAUUGAGUCUCUUUGCAUGAACUGCCAUGCGAACGGUAUGACACGCUUGCUGCUGACUCGGAUCCCAUACUACAAGAAUGUGGUCAUCAUGUCAUUCUCCUGCGAGGAGUGUGGAUACCAGAACAAUGAGAUCCAGCCCGGAGGGGCCUUUGCAGAGCUUGGAGUCAGAUGGAAACUCAGAGUGGAGCAGCCCGAAGACCUGAACCGCCAGGUGGUCAAGAGCGACUACACCAGCGUAAGGAUACCUGAGCUGGACUUCGAGGUACCGGCACAGAGUCAGAAAGGAGAAGUCACCACAGUGGAGGGCAUCAUCACCCGGGCCAUAGCAGGGCUCACUCAAGACCAAGCGUCUCGCAGGGCGGAGCACCCAGAGGCAGCUGCUCAGAUAGACGCCUUCGUGAGCCGGCUGCAGGGCGCUCGCCAGCUGGACAAGCGGUGGACGUUGGAGCUGGAGGAUGCUAGUGGCAACUGCUUCGUGGAGAACCCGGAGGCCCCGCGCAAGGACCCGCGCUGCGAGCGCGUCGACUUCAAGCGCACCACGGACCAGGACCACAUGCUGGGGGUGUUCACACGCGAGGAGGUAUCGGACAACCCUGACCCAUCACUCCUGACUGCGUGCGACCCGUCCGAGGCUUCAUACGAGCAGCUGUCUGCCGACGAAGUUCUGCAGUUCCCCACCAACUGCCCCGACUGCAACGCCCCGGCCACCACCAACAUGAAGCUCACCAAAAUUCCACAUUUCAAAGAAGUGGUCAUCAUGGCGACGGUGUGUGAUGCUUGUGGACAUCGCACGAAUGAGGUGAAAUCUGGGGGUGGAGUGGAAGACAAAGGAGUGAAGUUCGAGGUGCGAGUGGCCAGCAAGGAUGACUUUUCUAGAGACGUUCUUAAGUCAGAAACAUGUAAUAUGGAGAUACCGGAGCUCGACCUGGAAGUUGGCGGGCGUGCACUGGGCGGGCGCUUCACGACGACCGAGGGGCUGCUGCGCGCCACGCUGCAGCAGCUCGCCGACGCGCCGGGCGCCACGGGCGACGCCCCGGGCCUGCGCCCCGGCGGGAUGGACUGGUACUGUGAGGGGGAGGAGUGACAGGUGUACACACGACGACCGAGGGGCUGCUGCGCGCCACGCUGCAGCAGCUCGCCGACGCGCCGGGCGCCACGGGCGACGCCCCGGGCCUGCGCCCCGGCGGGAUGGACAGGUACUGUGAGGGGGGGAGUGACAGGUGUACACACGACGGCCGAGGGGCUGCUGCGCGCCACGCUGCAGCAGCUCGCCGACGCGCCGGGCGCCACGGGCGACGCCCCGGGCCUGCGCCCCGGCGGGAUGGACAGGUACUGUGAGGGGGGGAGUGACAGGUGUACACACGACGGCCGAGGGGCUGCUGCGCGCCACGCUGCAGCAGCUCGCCGACGCGCCGGGCGCCACGGGCGACGCCCCGGGCCUGCGCCCCGGCGGGAUGGACAGGUACUGUGAGGGGGGGAGUGACAGGUGUACACACGACGGCCGAGGGGCUGCUGCGCGCCACGCUGCAGCAGCUCGCCGACGCGCCGGGCGCCACGGGCGACGCCCCGGGCCUGCGCCCCGGCGGGAUGGACUGGUACUGUGAGGGGGAGGAGUGACAGGUGUACACACGACGACCGAGGGGCUGCUGCGCGCCACGCUGCAGCAGCUCGCCGACGCGCCGGGCGCCACGGGCGACGCCCCGGGCCUGCGCCCCGGCGGGAUGGACUGGUACUGUGAGGGGGAGGAGUGACAGGUGUACACACGACGACCGAGGGGCUGCUGCGCGCCACGCUGCAGCAGCUCGCCGACGCGCCGGGCGCCACGGGCGACGCCCCGGGCCUGCGCCCCGGCGGGAUGGACUGCUUCAUAGCGAGGAUGGAGGAGGUUCUCGAGUGCAAACGUCCGGUGACCAUCAUAUUGGACGACCCUGCAGGCAAUUCCUACGUGCAGAGCCUCUCGGACGACGGCCAGCCCGAUGAAGGCCUCAAGAUCGUCCACUACGAGCGGUCGCACGAGCAGAACGAGGAACUCGGCCUCAAUGACAUGAAGACGGAGGGAUACGAGGACAGCUAGACCAUUUGUAUAUCAAUAAAACGUCUAUUGCAGUGUC